AGAGAACCAUGAAUGCAACCACGGCGAUUAGGAGCGGAGCUCUUCACGAUGGCGAAGAAGAAGGCAUCGAUCUCCAUGCGACGCAAUCUCUGGUUCAUCGUCUUCUUCUCUGUCCUUCUCUUCGUCCUCGCUCUCCUCCGGAUCAACUCCCAUGGCUCUUCUUCCGAGAUUCUUCUCAGUAACCCUGAAACCCCUUUUGUUGGAAUCCCUAAGAUCGCUUUUCUCUUUCUUGCCCGCGCUCAUCUGCCUCUUGAUUUCCUCUGGCACUGCUUUUUUCAGAAUGGCGAAGUGGGGCGGUUCUCGAUUUAUGUUCAUUCGGAGCCUGGAUUCGUGUUUAGCAAGGCGACAUCGAGAUCCCCUUUCUUUCAUGGUCGUCAGAUUAAUAAUAGUAUUCAGGUGGCUUGGGGAGAGUCUAGUAUGAUUGAAGCGGAGAGGUUGCUUCUCAGUGCGGCAUUGGAGGAUCCGGCAAACCAGCGCUUCGUUUUGCUGUCUGAUAGCUGUGUUCCACUAUACAACUUCAGCUAUACAUAUGAAUAUUUGUUGUCAUCUUCAAAGAGUUUUGUGGACAGCUUUCUUGAUACGAAGGAAAGCCGGUAUACUCCUAAGAUGUUUCCUACUAUACCACAGGAGAAGUGGAGGAAAGGAUCCCAGUGGAUAACACUUGUUAGAAAACAUGCAAGCGUUGUUGUAGCUGAUGAUGCUAUCUUUCCCCUUUUCAGAAAAUAUUGCAAGCGACGACCAGCAUUAGAUAUCAAGAAAAUGAAAAAUAUGAAACCAGUUGUCCAGAAAGAACACAAUUGCAUUCCUGACGAGCAUUACGUUCAGACAUUGCUCUCAAUAAGCGACCUUGAUGAUGAGUUGGAGAGGAGAACAUUGACAUUUACAGCUUGGAAUGUUUCUUCGGCUAAAAUGGAUAGACAAAAUUGGCACCCUGUUACUUUUGAGUAUGCCAAUGCCAGUCCUCAGCAUAUCAAGGCAAUAAAGGGCACGAACAAUGUCUAUUAUGAGACGGAGUAUAGAAAUGAAUGGUGCAAAAGCAAUGGAACAUUAGUGCCCUGUUUCCUGUUUGCAAGAAAAUUCUCUCAGGGUGCUGCAAUGCGCCUUUUGAGUGAAGGAUUGGUUGGUCCCUUUGAUGCAGCUACAAUGUUAACAGCAUUGUUAUAAUUUGUUCAAGUUGCUAAUCCAGAAUCAAUCAUUGAGAACUUAAUCCAGCAAGGCCCUUCUCACCAGCAAAUACUGCAUUUCUAUGGAUCAGCAGGUAGUACUGAAGUUUACUUGUGGAGGACUCAUUAUAUAUAUAUAUAUAUAUAUAUCUGACGGAGAUCAGGAUGCUAAUUUUACAUCGUGCCAUCGGCCAAUGAAGGUUGGUUAACACAAACAGCGACAUCGUUUACACCGUUUACACACAGAAACUAAGAGAGAAAUACAUAUUAGCUGUAUGAACUUUUUCCCUUCUUUGUUAUGAAAACUAACAAAUACAGAAAAUCAAUUAAUCCAAUUUUGAGAAAGUGUUGAUUGAUGUAUGGAGGGUUGGAGUUUGAGUCCAUACCUCUAUCAUCAUGUGGAUUGUUCCCCUGCAAUGCUGUUGAUGAGAUGUCUUGUCUGAGAUUGGGUGAGAUGCUCAAAAGUGAAACUUUGAGAAGGCUGAUUGAAUGUUUUUGGGAGCAUUGUAUAAUUAUCCCCAACAAACCUCAUUAUUAUUGUUGUUGUUGUUAUUAUUAUUGGUAGCAUGUAAAGUGAUCUGAUAUCAUUAGAGUCGCUUAGGUGUCAUUUAUAUCACGAUUUAGCAUUGUAUAUUUGCCACUCUUUACUCUUUUUUUGUUUGGGGGGUACAUAUGCAAAUUUAGAAAAGGCCAUUUACCAUGGUUUUUGUUUUU